AUGUCGGAAGAAGCGCCGCCCAGCACCGACGCCAGCAACGGCGACGACAAGAAGAAGGUCGAGCCCAUCACGAUCCGCGUCAAGGACCAGUCGGGCGAAGAGACGUUCUUCAAGGUGAAGCCCAAUACAAAGAUGGAAAAGAUCUUUAGCGCCUAUGCGCAGCGCAAGGGCGUGCCGGCCAGUGCCUUGCGGUUCCUCUUGGACGGCACGCGCAUCAGCGGCGACCAGACGCCCAAGAUGCUCGAGCUGGAAGACCAGGACCAGAUCGACUGUGCGCUCGAGCAGGUGGGCGGCCACAAGUCGUGCUAA